CGCUUCGGCCCCCAUGCCAAUCACACAACUGUGUACUUUGCUGUCUAAUUCGGCUCCAUUUUAGCUCGUCCAACAAACACACGGACGGUGCUAUAAAAACACACGAGCAACUCUCUCUCUGAAAAAAACAGAGCACCAUUUCUUUGCAAGCAGAGGAAGAAGACAGUUGUUCACUCCAAAUCUGAGCUGAGAGGGCAAAGAGUUCGCUCCUGUCAGGCGAGCAAUGGCGACCUCGGCCCGCGUCUCCCUCCCGGCCGCGCCCCUCCUCUCUGAGCCCCCAUCACUCACCAGGCUGCGCCAUGGUGCUGCAGCACGAGCUCCUCCUCCAUUAGUGGCCGCGGCGAGGCCGGCGGGUGCCAAGAGGAGGACGCGCGGCGGCGUUCUCGUCAGGUGCGGCGUUGACGGCGCCGAGGCGUUGCGCUCUGAGGUGCAGGCGGAGGCGGCGGUGCCGCGGUCGGUGCCGGUGCGCGUCGCGUACGAGCUGCAGCAAGCCGGCUACCGCUACCUCGACGUCAGAACCGAGGGUGAGUUCAGCGCUGGGCAUCCCCAAGGAGCUGUGAAUAUCCCCUACAUGUACAAAACCGGCUCAGGAAUGACGAAAAACACACACUUUCUUGAGCAAGUGUCAAGGAUCUUUGGGAAGGACGAUGAGAUCAUCGUUGGAUGCCAAAGUGGCAAGCGAUCUCUCAUGGCAGCAACUGAACUCUGCUCUGCUGGAUUCACUGCUGUCACCGACAUCGCCGGUGGAUUUUCUUCUUGGAGGGAGAAUGAACUGCCUAUUAACCGCUGGAACAUUUCAUGUGGGAUGUACUCCUGGAACAUUUGUGCUUUCCAUUUGGAACAAAAUUAUCCUACGCCCGAAACAUUUGGUGGUGGGGCGACACCAGCGAGGCUCGGCGGGGCGUGCAACGGCUUCGCUGGCGAGGAAACAAUAUGGACUGGCGAACGUGGGCUGAACGGAGGGUCCCAGCAUCUAGUGAGGCCAGCCAACUUGAAGAUGAUGACGAGCAGAGCAGGAGAAGAACCAGAGAAGCCAAGAAGAACAGCAGGCUCCGGCGAGCGAGCAAUGGCAGCGACCUUGGCCCGCAUCUCCCUCCCCGCCCAGGCCCGAGCCCUUACCAGGCUGAGGCAAAGCGCGGCACAAGCUCCUCCUUGGUUUGUGGCCGCGGCGACGGCGGCUGGCGCCAAGAGGACGCUCGGCUCCCGUAGCGUCAGGUCCGCCGGGGCGUUGCAAGCAGAGGCGGAGGCGACGGUGCCGCGGUCGGUGCCGGUGCGCGUCGCGCACGAGCUGCAGCAGGCCGGCCACCGCUACCUCGACGUCAGAACCGAGGGUGAGUUCAGCUCUGGGCAUCCAGAAGGAGCUGUAAACAUCCCCUACAUGUUCAGGACCUGCUCAGGACUGACGAAAAGCACACACUUUCUUGAGCAAGUGUCAAGGAUCUUCAGGAAAGAUGACGAGAUCAUCGUUGGAUGCCAAAGUGGCAAGAGAUCUCUCAUGGCAGCAACUGAACUCUGCUCUGCUGUAAGCAUGGGUUUCACUGCUGUGACUGACAUCGCCGGUGGAUUUUCUUCUUGGAGGGAGAAUGGACUGCCUGUCAACCAGUGACAUUACCUUGCUAGCAUUCCUGAAGCCUAAUAAUCUGUCAAGGCUACUCUGCUCCAGAGCUGCACAUUAUGGUCGCUUCAACUUUUGAGACGCCAUAACAGUACCGAAUAAAUGGAGCUUUGCAAAACAGAAUGGCAGCACAAGAGAUAAGGCGGUUUUCGUUAUGUUUACUCUUAUUUACUCCAUUUGAUGUUGCAUCUUCACCUUCUUCAACCUUUCCUGAGCAGACUAGAAUGCGCGUGUGGCGCAAAAAUGCAACAGAAAAUAUGUCAGAAAUCAAAUGUAUUACGUAAUGAUAAUAUCAAAACAAGUCAACAUA